AACCCGCGCAGACUCAAACAUCAUGGCGGACGAGGCUGAGCAGCAACCGACCACCAACACAGUGGAGGAGCCGCUGGAUCUGAUCCGACUGAGUCUGGACGAGCGAAUCUACGUGAAGAUGAGAAACGACCGGGAGCUGCGUGGCCGACUGCACGCCUACGAUCAGCAUCUGAACAUGAUCCUGGGGGACGUGGAGGAGACGGUGACGACGGUGGAGAUCGACGAGGAGACGUACGAAGAACUUUACAAGUCGACCAAGAGGAACAUCCCCAUGUUGUUUGUGAGAGGAGACGGCGUGGUGCUCGUAGCUCCGCCCCUCAGGGUGGGAUAACCUCGAGCGUCUCCUGGUGUGGGCGAGCGGCGGUGACAGCUGAGGAGUUUCUCACCCUGAGGGGUGGGGGGGGGCUGUCCUGACGAGCUGAACCCGGGCGAAGGUUCAAACAUCGUCUGUGGUUCAGACCGUCGACUUCACCAACUUCUAAUUCUACGUUCAACACUCGAGGGUCAGAAACUUUGCAGGUUUUGAAACUUCCCUGUGUGAAGCUGCAAAGAUUCAAAACAGAGAAAGAGGAUUUUUGAUUUGGACUUAAAUGAGCUUCUUUCUUUUCUCUUCGAUGUGGCUGUUUUGUUAUCAAAUCGGUUUCGGGGACGUGGUGAUUUCAGGUUCACCUUUUCUCAGGACAUAUCAUUUGGUUUCUGAAUCGCCUCAGUUUUAUUUUUUUUAAACCAGAACAGUUGAAUAUUAUUUUUAAACAUUUCCCGAGGAAUUAGUCGCCUCUUAAUUCCCGUGGCUUUAAGUAAAAGAUAGAAAAGUCUCAUCCUGCCCUCAAGUAGCUGAACUGCUCCAUUAAUGACGGAGUGAACUUGUAGCCUGAUUUAAGUUCAAGUAAAAAAUAAAAGUGG